GCUUUUAUCCUCUUUUGAGGGACCACGUGACCUGUGCGAGCAAAGCCACUCUCGGGGACCCAUGUGCAUCAUCUUCUUUAAGUUUGAUCCUCACCCCGUUUCCAAAAAUGCAUACAGGCUUAUCCUGGCAGCCAACAGGGAUGAAUUCUACCACAGACCCUCCAAGUUAGCAGACUUCUGGGGGAAGAACAACGAGAUCCUCAGUGGGCUCGACAUGGAGGAAGGCAAGGAAGGAGGCACGUGGCUGGGCAUCAGCACGCGGGGGAAGCUGGCGGCACUCACCAACUACUUGCAGCCGCGGCUGGACCCGGAUGCCCGGGGCCGAGGUGAACUUGUGGCCCACUUUCUGACCACUGAUGUGGACAGCUUGACCUACCUGAAGAAGGUCUCCGCGGAGGGCCACCUGUACAACGGCUUCAACCUCAUAGCAGCCGACUUGAGCACAGAGAAGGGAGAUGUCGUUUGCUACUAUGGAAACCGCGGGGACCCUGAGCCUGUGGUCCUGGCCCCAGGGAGCUACGGGCUGAGCAACGCGCUGCUGGAGACGCCCUGGAGGAAGCUGUGCUUUGGGAAGCAGCUCUUCCUGGAGGUUGUGGAACAGAGCCACGCACUCCCCAAGGAUGCCCUCAUUGCCCAGCUCCUGGAUGUGCUCAACAACGACGAGGCGCAGUUGCCAGACCCGGCCAUUGAGGACCAAGGCAGGGAAUACGUUCAGCCCAUUCUGAGCAAGUACGCGGCUGUGUGUGUGCGCUGCCCGGACUACGGCACCAGAACCAACACGGUUAUCCUCGUGGAUGCGGAUGGGCACGUGACCUUCACAGAGCGCAGCAUGCUGGACAAGGACCCCUCCCACUGGGAGACCACCACCCAUGAAUUCAGGCUGCAGAGCUAACCCCCACCCCCAGGUGUGGCCAGCGGGCUCCUGGAGGGCCCUGCCUUGAGGGCCAGUGUGGAUGAGAAUCUUCCACAGCCACAUGUACUGCCUGUGACUUGGCCAGUGUCCCCCAGGACCAGGGCCCUCUGAUUUGUGUGUGAUCCAUCUAUGUCCCUGUGUCCAGCUCAGGGUCCACCCUUAUGCCACUGGGAAUGACAGAGUCCCAUGGCCAGGUCGGGGGCAGGCCCAGAUGUGCUGCGCAUGUGUGAAUGCAUCUGGGCCUGUCCCCUGGCCAUGCACAGAGGCACAGAUGCACAGGCACACACGUCCACCCAUAGGGCAUGUACACACACGCAUGUACACACGCUCGAAUGUGCACACACUCCCAGGCAUACACACACACGUGUGCCAGAUAGGCAGCGGUGUGCCUCUCGCACCCACACAUGUUUCUGGCCAGUGGGUCUUUGCUUUGAACAAUGUAACAGAAGUAGACUUUUGUUUGAAAGCAGCCCCCUCCUCUCCUGGGGUAGUCCAGUUCCCAACAAUCAGACCUGCUCUUGGAGGGGAAACAGGCCACAUCUGGAAUGAGGAACGA